GGGAGACCAGAUAUAGAGAAUGCAGAGUCUGGGGAGAGCGGAUAUAGUGAAUGCGGGGUCCGGGGAGCCCGGAUAUAGUGAAUGCGGGGUUUCUUGGAGAGCGGAUAUAGUGAAUGCGGGGUCCGGGAGACCAGAUAUAGUGAAUGCAGGGUCCUGGGAGAGCAGAUAUAGUGAAUGCAGGGUCCGGGGAGAGCAGAUAUAGUGAAUGCAGGGUCCGGGGAGACCGGAUAUAGUGAAUACAGGGUCCGGGGAGAGCGGAUAUAGUGAAUGCGGGGUCUGGGGAGAGCGGAUAUAGUGAUUGCGGGGUCCGGGGAAAGCAGAUAUAGUGAAUGCAGGGGUCCGGGGAGAGCGGAUAUAGUGAAUGCGGGGUCCGGGGAGAGCGGAUAUAGUGAAUGCGGGGUCCGGGGAGAGCGGAUAUAGUGAAUGCGGGGUCCGGGGAGA